CAGACUCGUUUAUCGCUGGUAAGUGACACUUUUUAACUUCUUUACAAACUCCCUCCUAGUAUUACUUCGAUGUAAAAAAUAACUGUAAAGGAACAACCUGUUUCUAGGUUCAUUGGCUUCUUUUUUAAACCACGAUAACAGGACUGCUUUGUGCUUCCGUUUCAAAAAACGAAAGUAACGCCAGACCUCGCGUUGUUUUGAGCUGCUUGUUUUUAAACCACAGACGACAUUACAGUUUGUACAGUCAUGGAGGCUGCCUGGUCUUUACGCAGCAGUGUUUGUCAGAGGAGGGAACUGAUGGAAGAAUCCAAACAGUGAAAUGUUGGAGCUGCAGCUCUGACACAUGGCACAUAGGUUUAAUCAGCUUGACCGUUAUCUUUUUUUUGUCGUGCGUCGAAAACAAAUCACGUUUGGGAGUAUCAGGGCACUUGGACUACGUCAGAGGACGAGAACGGAAAGAGACGAGAGUUCAGGCAAAUAAUAGAUACAGAUGCAGAGGCCAGACUCUCCUGGACCCAGCGAUGUGUCCUUGAAGAGAACUGAUUCUAAAGACAUCUUUAACUUUAAAGAUGAAAGGAUGCAGGAUCACAGACCAGACUCUCCUGGACCCAGCUGUGUGUCCAUGAUCAGUGAAGGCUGUAAAGCUCUUUCCAAAGAUGGAAGGAAACAGAUGCAGACACCAGACUCUCCUGGACCCAGCUGUGUGUCCUUCAAGAGUAAUGAUUCUAAAGACAUCUUGACUGACUUUAAAGAUGAAAGGAAACAGAUGCAGAGGCCAGACUCUCCUGGACCCAGCUGUGUGUCCUUCAAGAGUGAUGAUUCUAAAGACAUCUUUACUAACUUUAAAGAUGAAAGUAUGAUGCAGACACCAGAGUCUCCUGGACCCAGCUGUGUGUCCUUCAAGAGUGAUGAUUCUAAAGACAUCUUGACUAACUUUCAAGACAAAAGUAUAAUGAAGACACCAGACUCUCCUGGACCCAGCUGUGUGUCCUUCAAGAGUGAUGAUUCUAAAGACAUGGAUAUUAACUUUAAAGAUGAAAGAGUUCAACAGGAGAGCACCGAGGCUCCCCAGUCGGCCCAGUGGUCUCAAAAAGACCUGGACUCCACAUUUGAGCCGCUGAAGAAGAACAUCCACAGGUAUGUGGAGAAUGAGCUACAGAGAAUCCUGAGGGUUUUAAGUCCAGAUUAUCAAGCAGGCGUGGAGAGUGAGAAUGAGGAUGAAGAUCAGAUGGAUAUCAGAGAUGUAACGCUGAAGCUCACUCUGCACUUCUUGAGAAGAGCUAAGCAGGGGGAGAUGGCUGACUAUCUGCAUAACAGGACGGUCACUGCAGUGUGCCAACAAAAACUCAAGUCUAACCUGAAGAAGAAGUUCCGUUGUGUGUGUGAUGGGAUUGCUAGAGAAGGAAUCCACACCCACCUGAACGACAUCUACACAGAGCUCUACAUCACAGAGGGAGGGACUGGAGAGGUCAAUGAUGAACACGAGGUCAGGCAGAUUGAAACGUCAAACAUGAAACCACACAGACCUGAAAAAACCAUCAAACAAGAAGACAUCUUUAAAGCUUCACCUGAAAGACAGGAACCAAUCAGAACGGUGAUGACAAAGGGAGUGGCUGGCAUUGGGAAAACAGUCGUAACGCAGAAGUUCAGUCUGGACUGGGCUGAAGGAAAGGCCAACCAGGACAUACAGUUCACGUUUCCGUUUACUUUCAAGGAGCUGAAUGUGCUGAAAGAGAAACAGUUCACAUUGGUGGAGCUCGUUCAUCUGUUGUUUCCUGAAACCAAAGAAGCAGGAAUCUGCAAGUUUGAAGAAUUCCAGGUUGUGUUCAUCUUCGACGGUCUGGAUGAGUGCCGACUUCCUCUGGACUUUAAAAACAACGAGAUCCUGACUGAUGUCACAAAGUCCGCCUCAGUGGAUGUGCUGCUGACAAACCUCAAGGGGAAACUGCUUCCCUCUGCUCGCCUCUGGAUAACCACACGACCUGCAGCAGCCAAUCAGAUCCCUCCUGACUGUGUGGACAUGGUGACAGAGGUCAGAGGUUUCACUGACCCACAGAAGGAGGAGUACUUCAUGAAGAGGUUCCAAAAUGAGGAACAAUGCAGCGCUAUUAUCUCCCACAUCAAGACAUCGCGAAGCCUCAACAUCAUGUGCCACAUCCCGGUCUUCUGCUGGAUCAUUGCUUCAGUUCUGGAGGAUGUGCUGAAGACCAGAGAGAGAGGAGAGGGAGGAGAGGGAGGAGAGCUGCCCAAGACCCUGACUGAGAUGUACAUCCACUUCCUGGUGGUUACAUUCAAACUGAAGAACAUAAAGUAUGGUGGAGGAGAUGAGACGGAUUCACACUGGAAUCCAGAGAACAGGAAGAUGAUCGAGUCUCUGGGGAAACUCGCUUUUGAGCAGCUGAUGAAAGACAAGUUGAUCUUCUAUGACUCGGACCUGACAGAGUGUGGCAUCGAUAUCGGUGCAGCCUCGAAGUACUCGGGAGUGUUCACGCAGAUCUUCAAAGAGGAAAGAGGACUGUACCCGGACAAGGUGUUCUGCUUCGUCCAUCUGAGCGUUCAGGAGUUUCUCGCUGCUCUUCAUGUCCAUCUGACGUUCACCAGCUCCGGAGUCAACCUGCUGUCAAAAGAACAAAAAACAUCCAGGUGGUCCUUUAAGAGGGGAAACAAAUCAACACUUUUCUAUCAGUCUGCCAUCGACCUGGCCUUACAGAGUCCAAAUGGACAACUGGACUUGUUCCUGCGCUUCCUCCUCGGCCUUUCCCUGGAAACCAAUCAGAAGUACAUGCAAGUUCAGCCGACACCAAUAAGAGAGAACUCGCGGACUAAAAAGAAAACGGUUCAGUACAUCAAGAAAAAAAUCCGUGCUAAUCUGCCUGCAGAGAAAAGCAUCAGUCUGUUCCACUGUCUGAAUGAACUGCAGGAUAGUUCUCUAGUGGAGGAGAUUCAGGAGUCCCUGAGAUCAGGAAAUCUCUCCACAGAUAAACUGUCUCAUGCUCAGUGGUCAGCUCUGGUCUUUAUCUUACUGUCAUCAGAAAAAGAUCUGGACGUGUUCGACCUGAAGAAAUACUCUGCUUCAGAGACGGCUCUUCUGAGGCUGCUGCCAGUGAUCAAGGCGUCCAACAGGGCUCUGUUGAGUAGCUGUAAACUGUCAGAGAGAAGCUGUGAAGCUCUGUCUUCCAUCCUCAGCUCUGAGUCCUCUCGUCUGAGAGAGCUGGACCUGAGCAACAACAACCUGCAGGAUUCAGGAGUAAAACUUCUGUGUGAUGGACUACAGAGUCAGAACUGUAAACUAGAGACUCUCAGUGUGUCAGGUUGUCUGAUCACAGAGGAAGGCUGUGCUUCUCUGGCCUCAGCUCUGAACUCCUCCAACCUGAGAGAGCUGGACCUGAGCUACAAUCAUCCUGGAGAACCAGGAAAGGAGCGGCUGUCUGCUCGACUGAAGGAUCCAAACUGCAGACUGGAGAAGCUGAGUUUGGACCAUGAUGGACCGCAGAGACUGAAACGUGAUGUGAGGAAAUACGCUUGUGAACUGGAACUGGACACAAACACAGUGUACAAGUUCCUCAAACUGUCUGACAACAACAGAAAGGUGACGCGUGUGUUGGAGGAAGAGCGGUAUCCUGAUCACCCCGACAGGUUUGAACACUGGCCUCAGCUGCUGUGCGGGGCCGGUGUGACCGCUCAGUGUUACUGGGAAGUCGAGCUGAGCGGACGAGUUCUUGUAUCGAUGACUUACAGAGGAAUUACAAGGAGAGGAUUCAGUAAUGAAUGUGCGUUCGGAUGGAACGAUCACUCCUGGAGUAUGAUCUGCCAUGACCGUGGUUACAUCGUCAGACACAACAACAAAGAAUCAAAGAUCCCCUCCUCCUCCGUCUCUAACAGAGUAGGAGUGUAUGUGGACUAUCCUGCAGGCACUCUGUCCUUCUACAGAGUCUCCUCUGACACACUGAUCCACCUCCACACCUUCAACACCACAUUCACUGAACCUCUUUAUCCCGGUGUCGCACCCUGGUCAGUAGGCUCCUCCGCAUCCCUGUGUCCUGUAUCGUAUUGAGGCUAUCUCUCCAUUAGCUACAUGUGUACAGUGAAUGACAGACGGAAGUGGAUAAUUAUCUUAACUCCCUGUAAUGCAGAAUAGGAAAUGUAAAAGCUCUCGUUACUUUAAGUGUAAUAGCCGACGACUACAUGAGAUCGGAAUCAGAAUCGGAGUUUAUUGCCAAGUAAAUUUACACAUACAAGAAAUUUGACUUGGUGUAUUGGUGCUAAACAAUUAACAAGGAAAUAAAGCAGAACUAACAACAACUUCAAUAAUACAGUA